AUUAAAGGAUGCCUAAGGUAGGUGCGAACAACAAUCAGAGUUCGACUAUUAAAAUCAACUUAAACAAAUUGGAACUUGAGAAGAAGGAAGGCAAAAUUAUCGGGAUUCACUUUUAGUUUCUUGCCCACCUGACACAAUAAACAAUUGCGCCUUAGUAAGGCUGCGUGUACCUGCUAGGUAUCUAGAAAGAGGGAAAAGCGCGAAAAAGAAAAUGCAGAGCAACACCUUCAAUGAUGGACGCAGAGGUGUUCCCAUAAUUCCGACGGAGGCUUCAGGAAUAAGUGGCAGCAGCCAUUCGAAGCGGACUCGGGUCCUACUGAGCUGCGCGCCUUGCCGCAAUUCGAAACUCAAGUGCGAUCGGUCAACACCAUGCGGUCAGUGUCUGAGGAAAGGCAAGCCGGACGGCUGCCUCUAUGCUCCGCGGCCCGAGAAGCAGAAACCGGCAAAGAGCAUGGCGGCUCGUUUGAAGAGGCUCGAAGGAAUGGUCCGUGUGAUGAUCGAUACAGAUGGCUCCACGCCUACGCAGUCUGUCGAUAAACUGCCGAAGGACCCUGGCGGUGUCGUCGUCCAAGGCCAGGGAAACACAUCUUAUGUCGGAGGAACACACUUCAUGGCUAUGCUAGAGGACAUUGAGGAUCUUAAGGGCUAUUUUGAUGAUAGAAAAGAGGACGAGGAGGAAACUCAUGACCCAUACGAGAACAUGGGGCCUACGGAGCUGCUCAUGGCUUCACGAAACGUGCCCAAAGAUAAAAAUGACCUCCUCGCUAGCCUCCCAGAAAAAGCUGUUGUCAGUCGUCUUAUGAAUCGCUAUUUCAACUCAAACAGUCCUUCUCAACACAUUAUUCACGUCCCUACGUUCCUAAGAGAAUAUAAUAUUUUCUGUAAGGAUCCGCAAAAUGCACCUCUUCAUUGGAUAGCCUUGCUCUAUAUGAUACUAGCGCUUGGUACCUUCUUCUCUUCCUUCAGCGCGCCGCAUGAACUAGAGAGCGAUUCCCCCGUACCAGCUCUAGACAGGUUCAAGCAGUAUAGAGGUGCUGCAGGAUGGGCUCUCAUAUGGGGGAAGUAUUCGCAGCCUGGCCCUUACACCCUCGAAGCGUUUAUGUUGUAUGUCGAAGGAGAUUUUGUGACCAAUCGCGAGAAUCGGAUGAACUGUUACUUGCUUUCAUCCGUUCUAAUUCGAUUGAUGCUGAAAAUGGGUCUCCAUCGUGACCCUAGUAAGUUACCCGGCAUCACUCCAUAUGACGGCGAGAUGAGACGGCGCAUGUGGAAUCUCGCCGUACAAAUCGAUUUACUAGUUGCGUUCAAUCUAGGCCUCCCUAGCAUGACCCACGCUAUCGAAAGUGAUACAGCGCUUCCACAGAACUUGACAGAUUCGGACUUUGACAAAGAUACCAAGGAACUACCUCAGGCUCGCCCUAGCUCGGAUUACACCUUACUCACCUACCCGAUCAAUAAGGCCAGGGUAUCCCGAAUCUUCUUCCUCGUAGUUCAGCAAGCACAUUCACUUGACGUUCCAUCUUAUGCCGAAGUGAUGAAAGUCGACGCCCAGAUCGAAGAAGCAUGGGAUAACGUACCCUCAAUCAUGAAGAUGAGACCGAUGGACUUGUGCCUAACAGAUGCGCCAGUUCAGAUCAUUCAACGUUUUGGUAUCGCGGCAAUAUACCAAAAAAGUCGAUGUAUCCACCAUAGACGUUAUAUUGUCGAAGAAAAUCCGAAGAGAGAACACGAUUACUCCCGUCGAGUAUGCCUCGAGGCAGCAUUGGCGCUUCUGGACUACCAGAUUACGAUGCACGAAGCCGGAAAACCCGGUGGCAUGCUGGCCCAAAGCGGCUGGUUCAUCGCUGCUCUAGUGGCUGUAAACGAUUUUCUCCUAGCUAAUAUGAUUGUUGCUCUCGUGAUACAGAAUGAUAAAUACUGGGAACCGGGUGGCGAUGCGGAUUGGAUAUCACGGUGUAUGCCACCGACAAUCACCAGGGAUGAGCUCCUCCGGGUGAUUAGAAGAUCACAUUAUGUCUGGCAGGACAUGGCGGUUGAGAGAUCGGAAUUUCAAAAAUGUGAAAAAGUCACACGCAUAGUGCUCCGUCGGGUUCAUGCGCACCUUGGAAUCAUCACUGAAGAUGUCGAAAUGUCGGGUUCGAGGAUAAAUAGGAGCGGCGAGAUGACAGAGAUGGCAAGCUUGACGAUUGAUGGUAGCCGGCCAGCGACUGUGUCAAGCAGCGACGAGGCUGCAGUUGAUAACAUUGCCGGGUUUGGCAUGAUGGAGCCAAACCUGAUGACGGGUGUUAGUGCUGGUCAGACAGAGUCUGACCCCCUUUGGAUGAUGCAAAACGGCUACGAUUGGAGCUAUUUCGAUGCCAUGGCACGUACGGCCGAAACUAUGGAGGUCCCGGGACAGAUAACCGAAGAUGCUUGGAUAGGCGAGAAAAGCAUAGGAGAGUUUCCCAAUUUUAUGAUCUCGAACACAUGGAAUUUCCCUCCAUCUUCGUAAAGUACCGUCUCACCAACUGAAGUUGGGGCCCCGAAACGACGAUGGCUUAAAAUGGUUCAACCUUUGGCCUCGUUGUAAUGUUGAAGGCCAUGAAAUGGAAACCCUUCAUUUACCGCCAAUACAUUUCGUUAGGUGAGCCAUGGAUUUGCAACCGCGACAGCCGUCCGAAUUCACGGUAGUAAGCCCUGCGGAAUCGACCGAUCCAACUUUGAUAAGGUAUCAGACGUCAAGGUUACAGAUUCCUAGCAUAGCAACCAGGGCUAGCUCUUCCAAGGUGAGAAAUCCUGG